UCUGCCAAGAGAGAUCGGAGAGUGCUUUGCUUAACGUUCGGUCGCUGGUAAUUUGCCGAUUUUAACCGAAAUGGCAAAUAAUUACACGCCAAUAUUGAAGAAUAACAAAGUAGUUAAGUGCGAAGUAUGAUUGACGAAAGCCUACGGUAGAAUUAAAAUCGUUUCGUGGUAAAAACCGGCUAAAUAAGAGAAGUUAAAGGUUAUGUUCGUCAAUAAGGUCCACUAUCGUGCGUUCUACGGUUUCCGCACUUUUGUUUUCGAAUAGUAUGCCUAAAAUUCGAGGAAUCGUUACAGUUCUGUGUGAGUGUGCAACAAAUUAGAUGUUUCAUAGAAUAAUCGAGACGUGAUUCGAUCUUGAAGUGAAUUAAAGUGUGGUUCAUUUGUGUCGAUCGUUCUUAUCGUAUUUACUUGAGCGAAUGUAAAUAGUAAAUAGUGAUCCAUCAGUUGCUUUGUGCAAGGAAGCUUAUGAAUGAAAGUGGAGUUUGUUUCAAAAUUCACCCACCAAGUCUGUGGUGCCUGGAAAAAAUGAAAAAGUGACAGUUCGAAUUCAUUUUCGUGAGUAUAUUGUCGAAACGGCCCCGUGUGUAGUGAAUGUGAAACGAAAUGAGGAAUUGAGGAUUAUACAUAUCAAAAUCAAGACCCCGCACUGAUCCGUUAUGGACGCUCUCCACCCGAAGCGGGACCUCCCUCAGCCCGAGCAGAAGUCACCAGCCCUAGCAGACGAGCAAAAGCAGUCCACGCCUCAUACAGAAAGUCACCAGACAGCCUCUUCGACCGCCGAAGGGCAGUUCGGUCACCAGAAGGUCAAGAUGAGGGACGUCAAUUCCUCCCUUACCUGUCAUCUUUGCAAGGGGUAUCUCAUCGAUGCCACCACCAUAUCAGAAUGCUUACAUUCUUUUUGCCGAAGUUGCAUCAUAAAGUUUUUGCAGGAAAACAGCUACUGUCCAGUCUGCGAGGUCAUUAUCAACAAGGCCAAGCCGAAUUUGAAGUUGGAUAAAACGCUGCAGGACAUCGUCUACAAGCUGGUGCCCGGCCUCUUCCUGUCCGAGAUGAUGAAACGUCGUGGUUUCUACGCCGGCAAUCCCACCGAGGCGGGUAGGGUGUCGCCGGAGCAACGGGGCGAGGACACUGAGAGGACCAUCUUCAGCCCGCAGGAUAGGAUCAGCUUAUCGCUGGAGUACAUAGGUGAUGCCGCCACCACAGGUUUGAUACUCAAGGACCUGAAGCACGAAGAAGCUUCAGACAAUGGCCAGACCGAAUCCUUGCUCAAGAGAUACCUCCAGUGCCCUGCCAUGUGCAGAGUAGAUGUAAUCAAGAAAUUCAUACGUAAUAAGUACAACGUGAACACGGAUUUAUUUCAAAUCGAUAUACUAUACAAGCGGGUUCCCCUCCCUCUGCCAGACCAUUACACACUCGUAGACGUGGCGUACAUAUACACAUGGAAAAGGAACGAGCCAAUGCGUUUCUACUUCCGGAUAAUCGACAAGGGCAACGACGAACUUCCCGAUCUCACCAAGGUCUUCACCCCAGUCGACGACGGCCCGAUCAUGCCUCUGCCCCUCACCUCGUCCACCCCCACCAGACCGAUCAAGGUAUCCAAAGAGAGAAACAGGAAAAUCAAGAAAGCCUCCGUCGCGAAAAAAUUGCCGGUCGCGAGGCCCACCAAGAAGGAGAAGAAAGACGAAUCCAUCUGUGAUAAUAAACGAACGGAGGUGUCCGGGAGGGUAGUGAAGAAAUCCCCGUCGGAAACGACGGAAGACGUAAAAAGUGAAGUCGACGACACAUGUGAUAAAGAUGCGGGUGCGCGGAAGGACGAGAACGCAGACGCUUCGCCACCGGACGCUGGGCGUGUCAAAAAAGAAACCGAUCACUGUGAUAACGGCAAAGUGUACACGAACAUAACGUUAAACCGCGCGAACAACGUCGAGAUAGUGACUAAGAUACAAAAGUUAUCAGAUAAGGACGGUCAACAGAUCGAGGUGAAUGUGAUUGAUCAGAACGCGAGGCAAAAGACUAUCGAUUCGGCUACAAAUGACGAAGACUCGGGUAUCAAGACCGAAAUCAAAACGGAGACACUUGAUAUCGCAACUGAGAUGACCGUCAAAGUGAAACCGCCUCCAGAAAGUUCAAAAAACGAACUCGCUACGUCCGAAAACGAAAACGUCAAACCUAAAAGAGAGCCAUCAGUGUCUAAAGAGCAGAAACCAUUUACCGAAGCGUGUUCUUCCGCCACUAACGUAUCGAAAGAGGAUGAGGAACUGGAGAAGGCGAAAUUCGAGUUCCUGAAAUCGAUUGAGCUGACCUCCAAAAACGUGGUGCACAACAUUGCGCGAUUACAACAGCAGAACAACACACUUCCAAACCAGAAUCUUCAGAACCAACAACAGGGCGCUUCGAGUUCCCAAAAGCAGGAGCAACCGAAGCCCAAUGUGUAUGUUGCUAAGACCAAGAAACCAAUGUUAACGGCGAAACCAGUAAGCAAUGGCCUGAAGAGAAAGAAUUCUAGUCCCAUGAAGAACGAACCGAAGAGGCAGAAAGGCGAAACUAAAAGGACCACCACGAUUAUUCUCCAACAGAAACCAGGUUUUCCUCCUUUAAACCUCGCUAAGCCGACGGAAAAAACAGCAAUGUCGGAGGAAUUGAUAAACCAGAACAGGAACGAGCUCCGUUCGUUGUUCCAAAACUGCCGCCUGAACAUACCUUCGUCGUUGUCCAUCACGCUUAAGGAGAACGGGGAAACGUCCAGACAACCGGUGCAGAUGCCACCGGUUCAGAAUUUCAUAGAGAUCCUCAAGAUUGACGAGAAGGCGGGUACGCAAACCGUCACCUUGAAGCGGGAAGAAUCCGUAACUCCUGCCGCCAAGAGACCUUCGAGCUCGGAGACGCAUUCCAACCAAGUACCAAAGACUGCCUCCAAACUACUCGGAGCGCCGAUGCGUCAAACGGAGCAGAUGAAGAAGAAGAGCAAAGAGCUCGCCGAGCAAACGACCAAAGAGCAACAGAGCUUCCAGAAAAUAUUCGAGGAGUCGAUUAAGAAGGUCGGUUCCGAAACUGGCACGUCGAGCGGUGAUGUCCCGAUGAGUUCUGCUGCUAAGAAGAAGAUCUCCGACAUCGCUCAGCAGCUGAUUAAAAGGACGAAGAUCGAGCAGAACGCCAAGAAUAACGUCGCGACUACGCCCGGCUCUACUCCGACGACUAACUCGCUCACGACGACGCCGAAAAUAGCAAUACCUCGCCUCAACCAGCGGGUCGUGAAGCCGCCCAAGAGGAGCCAAAAAUACGAUAAUUCGACCCAUCAGACCCUAACCAACCUGCACUCGAGUAGUCUGGGCUUGAACUAUACGGUUUCGGUUGGAAAACAAUCCAGGGAAAUCAUGACGCAGAAAAGUUCUAAGGGGAUAAUGACGCCACCUGUCCCUAGAAACGGGGAGAACAACUCGAAGGUAUCUCCAUGCAGCAGCAGCGCUGAACAAGCAAGAACGAACGCCGCACUUGGAAGCGCCUUCCUCGCGCAGCCUAGUCCCGUCUCCCCGAUAACUGGAGAGGUCAAGACCGGAGGUAAUUCCAUCAGGAACCCCAAAGCGAUGCACUCUCCCAAAACCAGUUUGGGCUUGCCGAAGACCGAGCAAAAUUCGCCCAUCAACUUCUCCAUCCAGUCGCCGAUGAAGAACAAAUCGCCCAGGCCUAGUUCGAGAAACCAGUCACCCAAACCCAGUGUGAGCAAUCAGUCGCCCAAACCCAGUGUGAGAAACCAGUCACCCAAGCCUAGAGCUAGCGCUUCCCCGAACUCGCUUCCCUCAUCUUCUAGCAGCGGCGCAUCUUCGGCGCCAAGCACGAACGAGUUGCUGGAGAAGUACAACAUCCAAAACUUGGCUCAGUUGACCGCCAGCAUGAACUACAACGCUCAGAAUUACCUGAACUCGAUUUCGGGCAAGCAGAUAACGGCGCUGCAUCAGGCUAUGAUGUUGAAGCAGCUCGAGAUGCAAAAUCGUCAGAGCUGGUACGACAUACCCCAAGCGCCGCUGCUACAAUACGAGAAGUAUCUGCAGAGCGCGGCCAAAAACCAGCUCAUGGGCAACCUGAAAGAUAAUUGACGAAAGGGUUGAGAUUUGGUGGCGUCCCGUUUUUCCUUUUAGUUUUUGUUGUCUUGUCCGUCGUCGACGAUUGUGCGCGGCUUGACGGACGUUUCGUUUAUUUUUUGCUAGAAAUUCAUCGGGUUUCUUUUCCGGCUUGCUAAUUGGUUGGUAUUGGAACUUUCUGUUAGUUGGUUCUGUAACGAUUCUGUAAACUCGGAGAUGAGUUUUUAUCUUUCGGAGAACCUUGUUUUCCUAGCUUCGGAUUGUACAGUUUGAGAAUAUUGAGUUUUGUACACACAUAUCGCAUAAAGACAACCGGUUCUCACUUUUCUGAUUUCGUAUACGUAAAAUGACUGAGGUGAAAUUGAUUCAAAUUUAGGAAACAAAUGUACAUUAUUAAUUUUUCGUUAAUUUAUAUAAAAUAAAAAUUGAAUUGAUUUCUCGCUUUGUUGAAAUGUUAACUAAAUUAUUGUUGAAUUUAUUUUCGAUUGUAAAAAUGUAAAAUGACCUUAGUUUAAGGAGAAUGUAAAAUAUUUUGCAGUUUUCAGUAAAAAAUCUGAAA